AUGAUCCCAAUGGAUGACUGGUCGGCCACAAUGCAGCUGAUCAUUAUCUCAAAUGGGGACCGCAUGUGGCAUUUUGCCAUUUCUGUAUUCCUCAUUGAACUCUAUGGGCACAACCUGCUGCUAACGGCUGUUUUUGGCUUAGUGGUAGCCGGUUCUGUACUGGUGUUCGGAGCCAUCAUUGGUGACUGGAUUGACAGGAAACCCAGAAAUAAAGUUGCUCAUGCAUCACUAUUCAUUCAGAAUUCGUCUGUCACCGCUUGCUGUAUAGUCCUGAUGUUGGUAUUCUCCUAUAAAAAUGAAAUAGAACAAAUAUGGCAUGGCUGGCUUACAAUAUUCUGCUAUGGAGUGGUUAUUAUUUUAGCAGAUCUGGCAAAUCUUGCAAGCACUGCGCUAACCAUAACCAUUCAGAAAGAUUGGAUCGUAGUUAUUACAGGAGAUAACAGAAGCCAACUGGCUGGGAUGAAUGCGACUGUGAGAAGGAUGGAUCAAGUAAUUAAUAUCUUUGCCCCAUUAUCUGUGGGUCAGGUCAUGACUUGGGCCUCCAAUGUGGUUGGCUGCGGUUUCAUUCUUGGUUGGAAUCUGGUUUCGCUGCUCGUGGAAUUUAUUUUCCUCUCCAGAGUUUAUAAAAUGGUUCCUGAGCUGGCUGUAAAACCACAGCAAUCCAUCGGAGGGCAUUACAUCGAGCGCCAGCUGGAGCUUAUAAAUGAGCCCCGGACUCCAGAGCCCACAGCAGAGGGCACUUCGGCACUUCCAGGUUGCUUCCAAGAUGUCCGCAGGAUGCUACGCACCUGUACAGACGGCUGGAAAUCCUACUACAGACAAUCUGUCUUUUUAGCAGGUUUAGGAUUGGCCUUCUUGUACACCACAGUACUGGGCUUUGAUUGUAUUACUACAGGUUAUGCCUACACUCAGGGGAUAAGUGGCUCUCUGCUCAGCAUACUCAUGGCCGUGUCUGCCAUCUCAGGGUUAAUGGGCACGUUUCUGUUUACCAAGCUCAGAAGACAUUAUGGCUUGGUGGUCACAGGAAUUAUAUCCAGCUGCCUCCAUGUUAGUUGUUUAAUGCUUUGCGUAUUUUCAGUCUUCGCCCCUGGAAGCCCAUUCGACUUGGGCAUUUUCUCUGUCAUUAUCGGUAUGAAUUCUUCUUCAAACACCGAGAAACUGCAUCAGAACCAACUCCAUAUUUAUCCAUCUCAAGGGAAUAUCAACCAGCCCAUCCUCUCCGACCGCUCCUCAAUCCACUGGACUAACAAUACUGUGUUGUUUGAGAGCGUCCGUGCCGGUGAUCUUCCGGACUCCUACAUCUCAAUCAUACUGCUGUUUUCAGGAGUAAUAUUGGCGAGAGUGGGUCUCUGGUCCUUUGAUUUAACUGUGACUCAGCUUCUCCAGGAGAACAUCCCAGAAUCAGAACGUGGAGUAGUCAAUGGAGUGCAAAGCUCGAUGAAUUACCUGAUGGAUCUGGUACAUUUCAUCAUGGUCAUUCUUGCUCCGCAGCCUCAACAGUUUGGGCUCCUGGUUAUCAUCUCGAUUCUGUUUGUGAUCGCUGGACACACCAUGUAUUUUUUUUAUACCAAAAAAUAUAAAAGCAAAGAGAGGGAAUCACUAAAUACUCCUGCCUGA